AUGGUUGGCGCAGCUUUAGCCGUGUGUGUGUGUGAGUGUGGUUUGCGCAUGCUGAAGCGAGUGGAGCACAAAGCUGGAAGGACGUUAGGCGCUGAUUCUGCUGGAGUGCUGGGUGUUCUGAUCCGGGUAGUGGCUGAUUCUGCUGGAGUGCUGGGUGUUCUGAUCCGGGUAGUGGCUGAUUCUGCUGGAGUGCUGGGUGUUCUGAUCCGGGUAGUGGCUGAUUCUGCUGGAGUGCUGGGUGUGCUGGGUGUUCUGAUCCGGCGCUGA